AUUGAAGGUGAGGUGGUAGGGGUGGCGGCCCCACACCCAACCUUAUAACCAUAACAUAAACCCUUCAGGGUUUUACUUCUUCCCAUACGCAGCCCUAUGUACGGCCAACCACCUCGCUUCCACCGUCCCAACGGCGGCCGCGGCCAACAACCACCACAACAACAACAGCCACCGUUCAACCCAAACUACCUCCUCAACAACAAUUACUACCUCCAACCAAACUUUCAAUUCCCCUUCCCCAAUAUCCCCAUUCAAAACCCUAGCUUCGAUCCUCACAAUCAAUUAGCCAAUAACAGAGGGGUACAUGUUAAUGGAACUAUUGAGAGGAUCGAUAAAGCGGUUGUGAAGGGUCGCCGUGAGCUUAUUGCUGCCGGAGAGAAUGUGUCGGCGUUGAAGGUGUCGCAGGGGGUUCUUGUAGUGCUUCAGGCUGAUUCGUGGGAUUCGUUAGGGGUUCAGAUGCAGCAGGUGCCUUCAUUGUAUAGGCUUAUGGCCUUUGAAGGCAAGAUAAACGCAUUCAUUAACUGUUUUGUUGGGGUAUGGAAGAUUACUACAUUAUCUGACUUGGAGACCGCAAUCUGCAAGAAUGAGGGUGUUCAGCAGUUCGAAGAGCUUGAGCUGGGCCCUCUCAUUCGACACCCUCUUGUAAAUCAUUACUUUUCUGUUAGUUCCAAUUCAACUGGAGUAUUUAAAAUAUCCAGCCGAGAGAUACUCACUUUUCUUGUAGAGUUUAUGGACAUCCAUGAAGGCAAAGAAGUUAAGGCAGAUGAAUUAUUGGAUUUUAUCGCUAAAAAGCGAUCAGUUGAUAGCAAGGAAAAACUUCAUGUUCGUAUCCAAAGUUUGGGGUUGCAUAUUUCUCUUAUCCGAAAAGCAAGUGCAAUGGAAAAUGCUACAAUAAAGAAAUAUUUCUCGGUUCCGAUAAAGAAAAAUAACAAUCGCCCUCUACUUACAUUACAGAAAAAGAAGAUGGAUGAAAAUUUCAGCAUCAUAUCCGAACGUAUCAAGUCGUUUACUUCAGAGCAUAACAAGCACAUACGAUUUAAGUCAUCAAGUUCAGAAGAUGAUGCCGAUGAUAUCGACAGUGAUGACGAGGAUGAAACUUGUUUGACUAGUCAAAGCAAAAACUCAUCUCAAGAUAUGAAAAAUUCCGAUCGAGUUAGCAGUUGUCCAUAUCCUUCUGCAACCGAAGAGAAGACACGACUUGGAAUCGUUAGUGAAAAGGAAAACACAACUUGCAAUGAAGGCGUAAAUAAAUCAAAUAAAAAGAGAAAAUCAGACGCAAUAGACUGCACGUCUUCUGCUAGCUGUAAAGUCCCUAAAGGAGACGGUACUGCGCAGGGUUCUGUGGGUAUUAAAAUAAAUAAAAGAGUUAAAUGUAAACUGAAACAUGCAGCUAUGUCACUUGAUCAUGAUUCAAUGAUGGCAUUCAUUACAUUGUGGAAGGAUGUAUGCAAAAGGAAAAAUGUUUAUGAGGCCCUGAAGGUGAUACAUAGGUUCUACAAGGUCAAAUUGCCUAAACAGUUGUACAAAUCUUACCCGUUAAUUGGAUUGAUAAAUGUUGCGAUAAGAUCUAUUAAACGUGGAAUGUGGGAUAGCAUGUAUGAUACUUUUCAAACAUUUGAGCAACAAGAAGAACCGGUGGCAGAGUCUGAUGGUCAUGCUGAAAAUGUAACCAUACAAACAGAACAAGUUAAUAGCCCGCUUGUCACUAAGCAUGCUCCGAAACAACAUUGUGAAGUCAGUCUUGAAGACAUCUUGAAGAAAGUUUUCAACUUUCUCAAAGAUAAUCAUGAUGUCAUGGGUGAUGUCAACACCUCUCUUGGUAAAAAUGCGAUCUUUCUUAGAAAUCUUUACAAAUGUGAGGUAUGGCUUACUCAGCAGUUCGACGUUGAAAAGUUCGAGUCUUUUGGAUACGGUGACUUUCUUACGUUCAUCGAAAGAAACGUAUCCGCCGUACCUUCUUCAUUUCAUAAGUACUUUGUAACUGAUACGGCCAAUGAUAAGUCAUCAUUAGAUGCGUGCAUGUCUCACCAGUUAUUACACUUGCUAGUAGCACAAGCUUCACAUAACUUAUCAGAAUACAAAAAUAUAACCGUUCAGAAUGUUGUGGAGUUGCUGACAUGGCAAUUCCCUUUAAUACCGUUCAUGAUUGAAAAAGAAGGUUCGUUGAAAACGCUUGAGGAUAUUGUGAAGGCUAAUAAAAGUUAUUCGGUAUCUAAAAGUGUACUAUUUUCGGCUGCUUUAUUAUCACAUCCAAAUGUAAAAAGCUCUUCAGAAACGUGUAUUUCUUCUAAAAAUGCGAUUGAAGUCUUACGUAGUGCUCCGAUGCUGACCGAUUUAAAUAAAUGGUCACAUUGGGAUGUUUUAUUUGCACCUUUUCUCGGCCCUCUUCACAUAUGGUUAUCAAAUCAAACAAACACAAAGGAUCUGCUUUGUUUGGUGACUAGAAGUGGGAACGUGAUACGUAUCGAUACUACCGCCACAGUAGAUUCGUUUCUAGAAGCUUCCAUUCACGGGUCUUCUUUCCAAACAGCAGUGAAUUUGCUUUCCCUCUUUGCAUUCUACGGCGGUGAACAGAAUGUUCCCGUAUCUCUUCUAAAAUGCCAUGUGGAAAAAGCCUUUAAAGUCAUAGUCAACAAUAAUGGGAUAUCGAGCGCCUCAAUGUUUAUUUUAGAAUGUUUGGCUUAUCUACCGAAAGAGUUCCAUAGCUUUGCCGCUGAUUUGUUGCUUUCGGGAUUUCGCUCCGUUGUUAAAGAUGCUCCGUUAUCCAUUUUACGCCAAUGCAGACACUCAGAAGACCGUUUAAUGCUUCAUGAAAUAGGGUUUUCUCUUGGUACAAUGGAAUGGAUUAACGAUUACAAUACCUUUUCGUUUACUGAACCCCGUAAGUCAACUGAAAUUGACCAAGAAACGGUUACUUCAACUAGUAUUUCACAUGUAAAACGGAAAGAGAUUUUAUCAACCAAGAACCCUGAUAUGGAAAAAGAGGAACACAAAGUAGUAAAUUUCACUGGCAGAAAUGUGGAUUUCAAACAGUAUUUAUCGACAAGUGUUAAUGAAGAGGAAUCAACUAACAUUAUCGAGCGUAUUCGUCGAGAAGAAUUUGGGUUGGAUCCGGAUAUUUCCGCUAAAGAGGAUAGCAUCUUGAAGAAACAACAUGCUCGUUUGGGUAGAGCACUACAUUGUUUAUCUCAAGAGUUAUAUUCUCAGGACUCACAUUUUUUACUUGAACUUGUUCAAAAUGCUGAUGACAAUGUGUACCCAUGUGACGUGGAGCCCACUCUGACCUUUAUUCUUCAAGAAGGUGGUGUUGUAGUCCUGAACAACGAGCAAGGUUUUUCUGUAGAAAACAUUAAAGCACUUUGUGAUGUCGGCAAUUCAACAAAGAAGGAACCUAGUGCUGGAUAUAUCGGUAAAAAGGGCAUUGGGUUCAAAUCGGUAUUUCGGGUUACUGAUGCUCCCGAAAUCCAUUCUAACGGAUUCCAUAUCAAGUUUGACAUAACUGACGGUCAGAUCGGUUUCGUUUUGCCAACUGUCGUUCCACCUUGUGAUGUUAACUUAUUCAGCAAGUUGGUUUCUAUGAAUAACGAUCCAACGGACGAGAAAGUUUGGAAGACAUGCAUCGUCCUUCCUUUCAGAUCAAACAAAAGCGAAUCUUUUUCAAUUGAAAAUCUCAUCUCCAUGUUUUCUGAUCUCCAUCCAUCCUUAUUGUUAUUCCUUCAUCGUCUUGAAUGUAUCAGAUUCCGAAAUCUUAUAAACGACUCAUUCAUUAUCAUGCGGAAGGAAAUUGUCGGGGACUAUAUCGUAAAUGUUUCUCUCGGGAACGAGAAAAUGGCUUGGUUCGUUAAAUCUUGUAAAUUACAAGCUAAUCAUAUCCGUCAUGACGUUCAAACAACUGAAAUAUCGAUGGCGCUUAUGUUGGAUUUAAACGAUGGAAGCUACAUCCCAAAGCCAGAACACCAACCCGUUUUCGCCUUUCUUCCGUUAAGAAAUUAUGGUUUAAAGUUCAUAAUUCAAGCCGAUUUUAUUCUUCCUUCAUCACGUGAAGAAGUUGACGGAGAUAGUCCAUGGAACCAGUGGUUGCUAUCCGAAUUUCCGAAUUUGUUUGUUAGUGCUGAGGUGGCAUUCUGUAGCCUUCCUUUUUUUAACGAGAAUCCUGCGAAAGGCGUGUCGGCUUUUAUGAGUUUUGUUCCGCUUGUCGGUGAAGUGCACGGGUUCUUUUCUUGUCUUCCACGUAUGAUUAUUUCCAAGUUGCGUAUAUCCAACUGUCUUCUUCUAGAAGGUGACAACAAUGAGUGGGUCCCACCAUGUAAAGUACUAAGAAACUGGACCGAACAAACCCGUUCUUUGUUGCCUGAUAGUUUGAUAAAAGAGCAUCUUGGUGUUGGGUACUUGAAUAAAGAAAUAGUUUUAACCGAUUCGUUGUCGCGGGCUUUAGGGAUAGAGGAGUGUGGGCCCAAAAUUCUUAUUCAGAUUAUGACGUCUUUAUGUCGAGCGGGUUCUCUAAAGUCGAUGGGUUUCAGUUGGCUAUCCUCUUGGCUAAACGUUAUGUAUCUGAUGUCGGUUAACGGAACUCAGUCAGACGUCAUAAGUUCGCUUUGCGAAAUACCAUUUAUACCCCUCUUAGAUGGUACGUAUGCAGCAGUUAACGACGGUACAAUUUGGUUAAACGCUGAUAACCAUGGUCUUGACGCGUUUGGUAACUUAUACCCCACACUCCGAAUCGUUUAUCCCGCACUUUUCAAAGAUUCGUGUGUCGAAAACAUAACCGAUAUGCUUCGUAAAGUUGGGGUACAACGGCUAUCUGCACAUGAAGUUUUAAAAGUGCACAUUUUACCAACCAUUUCUGAUGAAAAAGUUAAAAAUUUGGAAUUGGUGAUCGAGUAUCUUUCGUUUAUUAUGUUUCACCUAGAAUCAUCUUGCCCCGAGUGUGUUUUAGAAAAAGAGCACAUACUGUCAGAGGUACGUAACAAUGCUUUUAUUUCCACAAAUCACGGGUACAGACGGCUUGCUGAUGUGUCCAUUCAUUUUGGUAAAGGAUUCGGUAAUCCAAUUGAUAUGAGAAAAUUGAUAAAUGGAACUGAUAUGAAAUGGGUUGAGAUCGAUAUCGGUUAUUUAAAUCACGUGGUUUACAAAUCAGAAACACCGAAAUGGAGAAAGUUCUUGCGGGAAUUAGGCGUGACCGAUUUUGUGAAAAUUAAUAAAGUCGAAAAGCUCAUUUCCGACAUACCUCAUACUGUUCUCAAGAACAUGAUGUUAGACGACGAUUGUAUAUCUUCGGGAUCCACUAUCGUUAUAGAUUAUGAUUCUCAAGAGUUAAUGGAUUUGCUGUCACAUGUUUCCUCAAACGGUGAUAGGGAAAAGGGUAAGUACCUUUUAGAGGUACUUGAUACACUAUGGGAUGAAGUUUUUAGCGAUAAGAUUACGGGUUUCUGCAGUCUUAAUGGACAAAAUAAGCCCUUCAAAUCGUCUGUUAUAAGAAUCCUUCAUAGUUGUCAAUGGUUGGCUUCUAGUCUUGACGAUAAACUUCAUUUUCCUAAAGAUUUGUUUCAUAACUGUGAAACAGUGCAUGCAGUUUUUGGUGACAGUGCACCGUAUGCUGUUCCAAAGGUUAACAAUGUGAAGUUAUUAAAUGAUAUCGGCUUGAAGAUAACUGUCACUCUUGAUGAUGCUUUGUCGGUUCUAGAAGUUUGGAGAAGAUCUGAGAAGCCUUUUAGGGCUAGCAUAUCACAAAUGUCCAAGUUCUACACAUUCAUAUGGAACGAGAUGAGCCUCUCAAAACAGAAGAUAAUGGAGAACUUGCAUUCUCAAGAUUUCAUUUUUGUUCCUUACUCGUGUAAAUCCACACAUGAAGCCGCAUCUGGUUCAUUCUUAUCUCCCAUCGAAGUAUAUUGGCAUGAUUCCACCGGUUCAAUGGAACAAACGAGAUCAACCUAUCCUCCGUUUGACCGGCAUUUGACUCAUCAUUUUUCCAGCAAGAUGUUAUGCGAUGUUUAUCCUGGGCUUCAUUAUUUCUUCGUUAAAGAGUUUGGAGUCGCUGAGAAUCCUCCUCUGUUAAGCUAUCUUCAGUCUUUGCUACAGUUAUCAAGUACAAGCUUACCAUCUCAAGCAGCAAAAACGGUUUUUCAAGUUUUUGAAAAAUGGAGCGAUGGAUUAGCCUCGGGGUUUCUGAGUUCGGAUGAUAUUAACUAUUUGAAGAAAAAUAUGGAGGAAAAGGAAAUGAGGAUUCUUCCUACGGUGCAAGAUAAAUGGGUUUCUUUGCAUCAAUCGUUUGGUCUCAUAUGUUGGUGUGAUGACGAGGAGCUAAAAAAGGAAUUCAAGAAUUUGAAUAAUGUUGAUUUUCUAUUUUUGGGGGAGCUUGAUACUAACGAAAAGCAGAAGCUCGAGGAUAAGAUUUCUGUGUUAUUUCAGAGAUUAGGGAUCCCAUCUCUCUCCGAGGUUGUGACGCGUGAAGCAAUAUACUACGGUCCCACAGAUAGUAGUUUCAAAACUUCAUUGGUUAGCUGGGCUCUCCUGUAUGCACAACGCUACAUUUACAACAUUCAUCCAAACGGUUAUUCAGAAUUCAAGCAUUCCGGAUUCAAAAACCUAAAUUCUCUAAAAAUUGUCGUGGUUGAGAAAUUGUUCUACAAAAACAUCAUUAAAAAAUUCGGCAUCGAAUCUAACAAAAGAUACGAGUGCAAUUCUCUUCUACAAGACAACAUUCUGUACGUAACCCGUGAAUCCGAUGCUCACUCGUUGUAUAUGGAGCUUUCCCGUUUUUUAGUUUCGGGAAUACCAGAAUUACCCUUGGCGAAUUUUCUUCACAUGAUUACAACAAUGGCGGAAUCAGGCUCCACAGAGGAACAGAUGGAAUUGUUCAUUACGAAUAGCCAAAAGUUACUAAAGCUCCCCGAUGAAGAAUCACCGUGGUUAAUAUCCACGUCAGCACCAGAAGACGAUAAGGAUACGCCAACAAGCUCCGGAUUCUCAUUGGACGAUUCAUGUCUUCCAAAAUCUACUUCUGCCAAGAAGUUUGGAAGUAACUCGAGUUGGCCACCUGUCAACUGGAAAACCGCACCCGGGUUUGAAUACGCGGUAAAGACGAUGGCCUUUAACUCCGGUCAAAUGAGACGGGAUGUUACGGAAGAGUUUAAUCAAACUGACGAUGACUGGAUCAUCGAAGAAAAUCCAGCCUCGACAAUACCCUCGGUGAUCUUGGAAGAACACGAAGCUUUAAUCGAACAAUCCGAUUCCAUAAGCGAUAUGAAUGUUGACUUUAAAGGUCAACCAGAUUAUGCAAAGAAUACAGUUUCCUCUUACACGAAAACGUGCACGAGUGCAACUAACCUAAUUGAAAAAGAUCAGCUAAGUUUGGGCACCGUCACCCCACAACAGGUCAUAACGGGACGGACCGGAGAAUUCGUGGCUUUCAAAUACUUCUCGUCAAAAAUCGGUGAGAAAUGCGUGAAGUGGGUGAACGAGGUUAAAGAAUCGGGGCUACCAUAUGAUAUUGUUGUCAAAGGUGAGAAUAACAAGAAGGAAUAUAUAGAAGUUAAAGCAACGUCGAAUGCACGAAAAGACUGGUUUGUUAUAACCAUAAGAGAAUGGCAGUUUGCUGUUGAGAAAGGGGAAUCUUUUAGCAUUGCGCGUGUUGUUUUAUCAGAAGGGAAAUCGGCUCAAAUCACUACUUAUAGGAAUCCACUCAAGUUAUGCCAAUCGGGUCACCUGCAGCUGGCUAUCUUGUCAUCAAAGCAGUAAAAUAUUUUUCUUGAUAACUGCAAAAGUUUUGGGCUGUUGUACAUAUUGUUUAAGCUUACAAACUUUACCUGUACUUACUGAAAUUUUGGAGAUGUUAAUUUUGUUUAGUAAGUAUUCUCUUAUUGUUUUA